AUGAAUAUGAAUGAAGAAUUAAAUAUUUCUACAAGUAAUAAUGAUUUUAUACUCAAUGAUGAAUUGAACAAUUCAUGGAAGAAUUCUAUAGAAUAUGAAUCUUUCUAUUCCACUCCCACUGAUAAUAAUUAUACUACUAAUAAUAACAUUACCUUCAUUCCAGACAAAACUACAAUAAAUUCUUCAAAUAAUAAUGAAUUAGAUAGAAAUAACACUCUUGUCAACAAUGAUGUAUCUUAUUCAUUUGAUGAAACAACCAAACAAAUAAAUGAUAAAAUUCUAAUUACAAACAAUCGGAAAACUUUUCUUAUGGAUACAAUAAAUGAUAAAAUUAAACAAUCAGAUCAUUCCUGUUAUUCAAUAUGGCAAAAUGUUGUAACAACCCUAUUAAACAAUAAUAAUAAGUUAUCCCCUGAAAAAGGAAUCGAUGAUACAAAUAAAUUGACAAAAUGUCAUUCACCACCUAAUUCGUCAUGCUUAAAUGUAACUAUUAAUUGUACAGAUUCUACACAUAAUACUACCUGUGUAUCAACAGUAAACGAUAGUGAUAAUAAUAAUAAUAUGGUUUCCAUAUCCAAACAGUUUAAUAAUACACCAAAAAAACGUAAAACAGCUUAUGGAAUACGUGAUAUACUAGAGGAUUCUUGUAAAGACAAUGACAUUGUUCAAAAACCGGAUGAUUUCCAUGAUAAAAUCGAUAUAAUAAAGAGUGAAAAACCAGAGAAAUAUUUAGGUGAUGAGAUUGAAUCUAUUGAAAGUAAAUUAAAUAAGAGUUAUUCAACAUGGUGGAAUACAUUACAGUCUUUAACUAAUACAUUAGAUAAUUCUGUAAAUAAGACAGAUGAUAAUACACUGCAAUUAAUCUAUCAACAAUAUCGUUUACUUGAAAAAUUUUCAGUAUUACCAGAAAAUUUUCAUUCAAAUUAUUUAAUACAUUUAACACAAUUAAAUAAAAAUAACACAGAGAAUAAUCCCAUGAAUCAAUCAACCUCUUCAUAUCAAAAUCAUUAUACUACUAAUUUUAUUCAGAGGAAAAUAUUGAAACUAAAUCUAAGUUGA